UGUCCGAGCGGCUUGCACACCCGCAGCCCCGGGAGCCGGAGGGAAACAAACGCCGGCGCUGCCAUGGGUCGCCUGCCCACCGAGGGGAGCGCACUGUCGUGCCCAGCUCGUGCACGGGGAUCUGGGCACCGAGGGGCUUGCACUGGGUAGCAGACUCCUGGAAACACACGUUUCCAGGAAGGACCCUGUAAACAAGCGAGGCUGCCGGAUGUCCUUCAAGCACUGGUUCUGCGUCUUCAUGACUCCUUGCCCUCUGACUGCCCCGAUACCACCCUCUCCACCCUCUGGACUUGGACUUCAGAUCUGACUCCACACCUGCCCACCACCUUGGGAGGGUCCGCCUCCCCUCCCAGGUCACACCAUGCCCAUCCUCAAGCAGCUGGUGUCCAGCUCUGUGCACUCCAAGCGCCGAUCCCGUGUGGACCUGACCGCCGAGAUGAUCAGUGCCCCGCUGGGUGACUUCCGCCACACUAUGCAUGUAGGCCGGGCUGGGGACGCCUUUGGGGACACAUCCUUUCUCACUAGCAAAGCAGGUGAGGCCGACGGUGAGUCCCUGGAUGAACAGGCCUCCUCAUCUUCCAAACGCAGCCUUCUGUCUCGGAAGUUCCGGGGCAGCAAACGGUCACAGUCGGUGACCCGAGGGGACCGGGAACAGAGAGACAUGUUGGGCUCCCUGCGGGAUUCUGCACUGUUUGUCAAGAACGCCAUGUCCCUGCCCCAGCUCAAUGAGAAGGAAGCUGCAGAGAAGGGCUCCAGCAAGCUGCCCAAGAGCCUGUCGUCCAGCCCUGUGAAGAAGGUAGAUGCUGGGGAUGGUGACCAGGAGCAAGGCAUGACAGGAAUGGAUCUCCAUCGGAAUGGGGCCACAGGGCCCCAUUCCCCCGACCCCCUUCUAGAUGAGCAGGCCUUUGGGGACCUGACGGAUCUGCCCAUUGUGCCCAAGGCCAGCUACGGGCUGAAACAUGCCGAAUCCAUCAUGUCCUUUCACAUUGACCUGGGGCCCUCCAUGCUGGGCGACGUCCUAAGCAUCAUGGAUAAGGAUGAGUGGGACCCAGAGGAGGAGGAGGGUGGUGGUUACCGUGACGAAGAAGAUUCCAGUGGCAUGGUCCAGGCUCCCUCUUUGCUGGAGGCAGCCCCUCCUCUGAGGAGACAGGAAGGCAAGGCCAGCUCAGACUUAGCCCCAGUGCUGCCCCCACACACUCUGGAGGAUGAUGGGUGGGCAGCGGCAGCCCCCAGCCCCAGCUCAGCCCGAAGCGUGGGCAGCCACACCACUCGAGACAGCAGUUCCCUGUCCAGCUGCACCUCGGGUGUCCUGGAGGAGCGCAGUCCAGCCUUCCGAGGCCCCGAGAGGGCCCGGGCCAUGGCCCCAAGGCAGCCAGACAAGGAGUUCUCCUUCAUGGAUGAGGAAGAGGAAGAUGAGAUCCGAGUGUGAGGCUGAACAGAAAGCAAGAGCAGUUUCCACAGCUCUGGGCUGCAUCCUUUCCCUGUCACCACCACCUCCACUGUGACCUUUGACCUUACUGUGCAGGAGUAGCCGAUAGCCUUGCAUUGGAGUAGACCCUGAACCUCGGGGAUUAGGGGGUGCUGGAGAGGUUGCAUGGGUGCCAACUAAUGGCCUGACUGCCUGUCAUGCCUGGGACAGGGCUGUGUCCCAGUGGGAAUCUAUUCUCCCCUCUCUGGGCCCCUUGCUUCCAGCCUGGCCUCAGAUGGAUGCCAGGUAUCAACCUGAGUUUCUGCAGCAGGACAGCCAGGGGCGGCCUCCUCCCCAAGGGCACGGAUACUUGGUUCCCUUUUCUCUCCUGGCAUUUGGUGCCCACCAGGGAGGUGAGUGCAGCAGGAGGUAGGAGGGGCCACAUGUCCUGGCGUCUCCCUCCUCCACCCCUGGCUCCUCAUGGGAAGCCUGGUGCUCUUGGGGCUCAGCUUGAGCAGGGGAUGGCCUUAACCUAUACACUAAAUGCAGCCCUUCCCAGGGGCCAGCACGGGACAGAAGGAAAGCCCCCGGCUUCUUGGGUUUUCAAGAAGGAGUGUUUCCUUGGUGAUAACUAGGAAUGGGGCUGGCACUGCCCUAUGGGUAUGUUUGUUGGUUGGUAUUAUUAUGUUUAAACCCAGAUAGGACAAUGUCAAAAACCUUCAAGAGUCUUGAUAAUAAAUCCCUACCAGGAGGCCAAAAUCCUGUAGCAAGCUUUGUCCUAAGUCUCUCCUCUUGUAUGGCACAGUGACUAUUAGCUUAUUUAAGUCUGGGCUUGCAGACUAGCCCAGGUUGAACUGUGGGGGUAGGUACCCCCAGUGUUAGUCCCCCCACCCCAGAGCUACUAGAAACUGUGAGUUGUGUUUUGACUGUGUGGUUCCCUCCCCUUGGGGAACAGGAUCUCCUUCCUUUCUCAGCCCUUCUCCGCUACAAAGGCCGGGGCCCAGGGGUGGGCUGUUGGCCAGGCUUAGGGAAGGAAGGAAAAAAAGGAAAAGGGGGGGAGAGGGAGGGAGGGAGGGAAGAAGGAAGGAAGGAAGGAAGGAAGGAAGGAAGGAAGGGAGGAAGGGAGGAAGGAAGGGAGGGAAACAACACUGUAUUAAGUUUGAAUUUCAGGUAAGCAAAAGUGGGGUUUGGGGCCCAGCGUGGUGGCACAGGCCUUUAAUCCCAGCAUUUGGGAGGCAGAGGCAGGUGGAUUUCUUCGAGAUCAAGGCCAGGCUGGUCUACAUAGUAAGAUCCAGGCCAGCUGAGGCUACAGAGAGACCCUGUCUCAAAAAGGCCAAAAAAAAAAAGGGGGUUUUGUUAACUUUUGGCCUUGCGUGUUUGGACUCAAUAGCAGCCUCCUCACAUCCCUCUGGGUACUGGAUUACAGCCUGCACUACCAUGCCUGGCUGUUUGUUUUUCUGAAAUCUGUUUUGCCCAGCUCCUGUAACUCUAUCUAAAGCAGGAGUAGAAGCUGGAGUCUGAGCCCCAGGGGUGAUACCUGAUGGCUGACCCACCUCCUGGUCUAGCUACCCACUGGGAAUGAGAGAGAGAGAGAGAGAGAGAGAGAGAGAGAGAGAGAGAGAGAGAGAGAGAGAGAGAGAGAGAGCACUAAAUUAGGCCUGUUCAGAAGAGGGUGGCAGCCUGGUGUGGAAUGCUUUACCUCCCGAGUCCUGCCAGAUCCUGACUCUGAGACACUCACCAGACUCCUGACCGGUGCUUCUCUGUAGGUAGCUUAACUCCCAUGCUGACAGUCAGGGCUGUGCCUCAACCCAGCAACUCCCAAAUCCAUCCUGAUCAGUUCUAGAUCCUAAACUUUGUAUUUUUUUCCCAUGAUAUUGAUACUCAUCAAGGAAACAUUAAAAAGCCCUUCUAGCA